UCCACAUAGGAACCAGCGGUAUGUCAAUUUUCCGUUCCCCAGCCAAGAUGGCGGAGAGGCGGGUCAAGUAUCUUCGGUUGACCGCCCUCCGUCAAGAGGGCAACGAAGUGGGUGCCCUGGCUCAAGUGUUCUGGUCCCUGGCUGAAGGCCUGGGAUACAAUGAUGCGGCCCUUAAGGACCACUUCAAUGGCGGCCUGGAUGAUCCAGUGCCUCAGGCAGAGAUGGAGCAGUUGGAGACGCUGGAGUUCUGGGAAUUCGUGCGCUACCUGCAGUUUCGGUGUCGGUGGGAUGCCCCAGCCACUCCUGUCUCUUCCGGCAGGGUGGUCGUCAGCCCAGCACCACUGCCCAGGAUGGCCGUCAGCCCAGCGCCACAGUACAAGAUGGCCGCCAACCCAGCGCCAAUGCCCAAAUUGGCCACCGGUCCAGCGCCAGAGUACAAGAUGGCCGUCAGUCCAGCGCCACAACACAAAAUGGCCGCCAGCCCAGCGCCACAGCACGAGAUGGCCGCCAGCCCAGCGCCACAGCACGAGAUGGCCGCCAGCCCAGCGCCACAGCACGAGAUGGCCGCCAGCCCAGCGCCACAGCACAAGAUGGCCGCCAGCCCAGCGCCACAGCACAAGAUGGCCGCCAGCCCAGCGCCACAGCACGAGAUGGCCGCCAGCCCAGCGCCACAGCACAAGAUGGCAGACUCAAAGCCUGAGUCUCCAGAUAAGGUGCACAAUGCUGUCCCGGAGGUAGAGGCGGUGCACGAUGCUGUCCCGGAGGCAGAGGCGGUGGCCAAUGCUUUUCCGGAGGCCGAGGCAGUGCCCGUUGCUGUUCCAGAGGCCGAGGCGGUGCCCGAUCCUGUUCCGGAGGCCGAGGCGGUGCCCGAGGCUGUUCCCAAUGCAGUUACCGAGGCGGUGCCCGACGCUGUUCCAGAGGCCGAGCUGGUGCCCGAGGUAGAGGCAGCGCCCAUUGCUGUUCCAGAGGCCGAGGCGGUGCCCGAGGCCGUUCCCGAGGCAGUUACCGAGGUGGUGCCUGAGGCUGUUCCGGAGGUCGAGGCGGUGCCCGACGCUGUUCCAGAGGCUGAGGUGGCACCUGAUGCCGAGGCGGUGCCCGAGGCUGUUCCAGAGGCCGAGGCGGCACCCGAUCCAGUUCUGGAGGCCGAGGCGGUGCCUGAUGUCGAGGCAGCGCCCAUUGCUGUUCCAGAGGCCGAGGCGGUGCCCGAGGCCGUUCCCGAGGCAGUUACCAAGGCGGUGCCCGAGGCUGUUCCAGAGGCCGAGGCGGCGCCCGAUCCAGUUCUGGAGGCCGAGACGGUGCCUGAUGCCAAGGCGGCGCCCGAUCCAGUUCUGGAGGCCGGGGCGGUGCCCGAGGCUGUUCCCAAUGCAGUUACCGAGGCGGUGCCCGACGCUGUUCCAGAGGCCGAGGUGGUGCCCGAGGUCGAGGCAGCGCCCAUUGCUGUUCCAGAGGCCGAGGUGGCACCCGAGGCCGAGGCGGUGCCCGAGGCUGUUCCGGAGGUCGAGGCGGUGCCCGACGCUAUUCCAGAGGCCGAGGUGGCACCCGAUGCCGAGGCGGUGCCCGAGGCUGUUCUGGAGGUCGAGGCGGUGCCCGAGGCUGUUCCAGAGGCUGAGGCGGCGCCCGAUCCAGUUCUGGAGGCCGAGACGGUGCCUGAUGCCAAGGCGGCGCCCGAUCCAGUUCUGGAGGCCGGGGCGGUGCCCGAGGCUGUUCCCAAUGCAGUUACCGAGGCGGUGCCCGACGCUGUUCCAGAGGCCGAGGUGGUGCCCGAGGUCGAGGCAGCGCCCAUUGCUGUUCCAGAGGCCGAGGUGGCACCCGAGGCCGAGGCGGUGCCCGAGGCUGUUCCGGAGGUCGAGGCGGUGCCCGACGCUAUUCCAGAGGCCGAGGUGGCACCCGAUGCCGAGGCGGUGCCCGAGGCUGUUCCGGAGGUCGAGGCGGUGCCCGAGGCUGUUCCAGAGGCCGAGGCGGCGCCCAAUCCAGUUCUGGAGGCCGAGGCGGUGCCUGAUGCCAAGGCGGUGCCCGAGGCUGUUCCAGAGCCAGGGCCAGUCACCGAGGACCCUCCAGAGCCAGGGCCAGUCACCGAGGACCUUCCAGAGCCAGGGCUAGUCACCAAUUACCCUCCAGAGCCAAGUCAAGUCACUGGGUGGUCUGCUGCUCCGUUCUGGGGGACUCCGACGUUGACCACGUGGACGUGGUGGUCUUCUGCUCCGCCCUGGAGGGCUCUGACUUUGACCACAAGGCUGUGGUGGUCUUCUGCUCCACCCUGGAGGGCUUUGACUUUGACCACAAGGCUGUGGUGGUCUUCCGCUCCGUCCUGGUGGGCGCCUCAACAGGUCCUUCAGGGAUUUCUGUGGGUUGUUUUGGGUUUUGUUAUCUUUCUGUCUGUUCCCCUCAGUUUGUCUGGCCCUCCGUCCCUCCCCCUGUACCUCCUCCGGUCCUCCUCCCUCCUGGUCUCCCUGUUUUAUGUUUUCAUUUCUGGUGUUUGUCCCCCAUGUGUUCCUUUUCCGGCCCUCCGUCCCUCCCCCUGAGCCUCCACCUGUCCGCCUCCCUCCUGGUCUCUGUGUUGUGUUUUGUCUUGGAGCGUCUGGGAGCCGCUCCGUAGAGGGGGGGUACUGUCACAGUGUCUGGGUUGUUGUUCCCCGGGGUUCCACUAGAUGUCCUCCUUCUCACGGUGUCUGUCCCAGAGCACUUCCUGUAUCCUUAUAUGGUCACCUUCCUCCUUGUUACGUAAUUGAUUAUUUCCCCCACCUGUC